GACUGCGGAGUUUUAGCACAGCUCUGGCAGCACGUAGCAGGUCAUGGGACUCGUAUCCUGGAGCGUUAUCAGAUGUGAUUGGUUCCAUUUCAAGAUAGCUGCUUCGUGAUUGGUGCUCUGUAUUAUCAGUCACCCAUCCUGUUUUGUGAUUGGUUAUUCUUCCGUUUCCGCUUCGCCUUUUUUCUUCGCAGUCUUUCUUUUCGAGGUGCUAGCUAAUCGGUUUCGGUCCACGGCUACACCUGAUCACAGUCUCUCACAAGUACUCACAACAUGGAUGAUUUUGACAUGCUGAACGCCCCCGCUGGAAACGGCGUCGGCUCCGAUGAAGACCCUGCUGCCGCGUUCUUGGCCCAGCAGGAGAGCGAAAUCGCGGGGAUUGAAAACGACGAAGGCUUCAGCAUCCUGGACAGCGGAGAGGUCCCCUCGUCGCUGGGAGACUCUAACGAUGGUGCUGUCAACGGAGAGCUUCAUGGGGAAAGCAACGGUCCAUCUGACGCCUAUGCAGCGAUUUCUAGUGCAGACCGGCUGCAGGCCGAACCCGAAAGCCUACGCAAGUGGAGGGAGGAGCAAGGCGAGCGCCUGGAGUUGCUCGAUGAGAACUCUCUGAAACAGGAGUCAGAGUGGAAGGAGAAAGCCAAGGUAGAGCUGGAAGAGUGGCACGCCAGGCAGAACGAGCAGCUGGAGAAAACCAAAACCAAUAACAGGGCGGCUGAGGAGGCCAUGAUUUCAGAUCUGGAUGAGAACAACCCGGGCACGGAGUGGGAGCGGGUGGCCCGGCUCUGUGACUUCAACCCCAAGUCCAGCAAGCAGGCCAAAGAUGUGUCCCGCAUGCGCUCCGUCCUCAUCUCCCUGAAGCAGUCCCCGCUAGUCCGCUAGGCGGCCGAGACUGCUCGGGGGCAUCAUUCCAUAUCAUCGUCUGUCACCACACACACACCAACCAACCCAACGACCGCAAUCUGUAUCCCCCCUCUCCUUUCUCUCUUUCUACCUAGCAGGGCUGUAGAGAUUAGCCUUGAGGCACCAACAGGUUUUCACCUGUCACGGUCUUGUAAUUUCAUCUUCCUCGUUGUUUAACUGAGAUCAGGGCACCGUUUGUCUGAGGCUGGUGAGUUGGCACACUAAAAGGGAAGGGUUGAUGUUUGUUUGCGCUUACAGCUGCACUACGGCCCGUUUCAAUUUCAUUCCCAUGAUGCUCUUCUCUCUUCACCUGUCCGUCUCAUGAAUCCUUCUCUGACCCACGAGGGUUGUUUGAUGUUUAAUGGUUUGCCUUUUUGUUUCCCAUUCUUGCAUAAAACAUAUUUCAGAAUCUUUUUUUUUAUUUUUAAGGACCAAACUCAAUAACAAAAUUCAGUGUGUAGUUUGAACAGUGUGUGUGUGUGUGUGUGUGUGUACAGCCUGCUUGUGGCACAUUGUGUUCCAAUCUAUGCAUUUCCUUUUGAAAAGCCUCUUCUCUCCAGUCAGGAACUGAACAAAGUCCAGUCAUUACAAUAAAUAUGAACAGUUUGUGUGCGUGUUUAAACCUCAACUCUCUGUGUGUGUGUGUGUGUGUGUCUGUACUAUUAUGCGUGUACCUAAUGUACAUAUACAGAAGGCAAUAUAUAUACAGUAUAUAAAACGUUUGUCACUGAAAUUAAACAGUUGUGGUUUUAAAGAUAACUAGAUAGUAGCCAGCUGUUGCUUGACCAUGCGUGUUCAUUGUCCAUUUGAUUUCAAUGUCAGUAAAAAAUGAAUAAAAGCAGUUGUCCUGUCA